AUGCAUAUCCGAGGUGCCGCGAUACAGGCUGAGCCCGAGUGGCUCGAUUUAGAGGCUUCCGUCAAAAAAACCUGCAAGUUGAUUAGCCAGGCUUCUCAGGGAGGGGCACAAAUUGUGGCUUUCCCAGAGCUUUGGCUUUUCUGUAUUCUCUUAAUUAACUCUACUAGGAGCCGACCAAUCGAUUUCACGCUAAACACUGAAUAUUUCAGAAAUUCUCUUAUGAAUGACUCCCAUGAAAUGGCAGAAAUCUGUCAGUGUGCAGCGGAAAACAACAUAGUUGUCUGUCUUGGGUAUUCAGAACGGUAUUGUGGCUCUGUCUACAUCGCCCAGUGCACGAUCAAUAGCGACGGAGCUCUUCUAAUGGCACGAAGAAAAUUGAAACCGGUUCAUAUGGAGCGAACUAUAUUCGGAGACGGUAAUGGGCCUUCAUUGCGAAAUGUGGUGCAAACCUCGAUUGGACGGGUUGGAGCGCUUUCCUGUGGAGAACACUACCAGCCCCUCUUGAAGUAUCACACUUUUUUCCAGAACGAGGAGAUUCACGUUUCCGCAUGGCCGCCCGUCGUGCCGCACCCUGGCGGAUCAAGUGCAUAUUCUAUGUCUAAAGAAGGAGUUGAAGCAGCCUCUCGGUUGUAUUCGAUAGAAUCGCAGGCGUUUACUUUACAUUCAACAAACACCAUCAGUGACAAAGGAGUGGAUAAACUGGUAACAAAUGAUGGCCACGUGUUCAAUGCACCUGGUGGAGGCUCAAGUGCCAUUUUCGGUCCAGAUGGACGAAAACUAACGGAGGACCUGACGCCCACGGAAGAGGGUAUUGUCUAUGCUGAUCUGGAUUUUGAUCAAAUUCUGAAGGAAAAGGCUUUGUUGGAUUCUUGUGGACAUAAUAGUCGACCAGACCUGCUUUGGCUGGGAGUGAAUGCAGAAGAGCAAAAGCACGUGAGGAAUAAUUGA